AUGAGGCCUCUGCCAAACCGGAGAAGGAAGAACCGAGGUAUCUCCCUGGGACUCUUCGCCCUCUGCCUCGCCGCAGCCCGCUGUCUGCAGAGUCAGGGUGUGUCACUGUACAUUCCCCAGGCCGCCAUCAAUGCCACAGUGAAGGAAAACAUUCUGCUCUCGGUUGAAUACUCCUGUGUCGGGGUCCCCACCAUCGAAUGGAAAUACACCUCCAACUGGGGUGUGCAGAAAAUCGUGGAGUGGAAGCCAGGGACUCAGGCCAACAUCUCCCAAAGCCACAAGGACCGAGUCUGCACCUUUGACAAUGGCUCCAUACAGCUCUUCAGUGUAGGCGUGAGCGAUUCCGGUUGCUACAUCAUCACGGUCACAGAGCACCUAGGGAGCAGCCAAUUGGGCAGCAUCGUUCUGCAUGUCUCUGAGAUCCUCUAUGAAGACCUCCACUUUGUCGCUGUCUUCCUUGCUUUUCUCGCUGCUGUGGCCGCAGUGUUAAUCAGCCUCAUGUGGUUUUGUAAUAAGUGUGCAUAUAAGUUCCAGAGGAAGAGAAGACAUAAACUCAAAGAAAGCAAGACGGAGGAGAUUGAGCUGCAAGAUGUUGAGUGUUAG